UUGCCAAACAAAUAGAAAAAAUUGCGGCCUUUACAUAAAGUUAGAUAAAACAAAAAAUUGGGGUGAAACCAUGUAUUCACCCAAUAUGAAAGGUGACAGUUCAAUAAAUAGGUAUCAACUUGUUUAGCUGCAUGAUAAGCCUUCAAUCAGAACUCUCUUUUAGUGUCCAUGUGGUUUUCCAUACAAGGGACCUUUAGAUCUCUUGGUGUCUUUUAACUAAAACAACACCCAAGAGCCUGGUCUGGCUCCGUUUAACUGUGGCAAGUUUUCCAUCCCAUUGGUCUGCGUGUAAUAAGGUAAUAGGUUUUUGCUCGUCUAAUUAAGUAAUCAUCGGAUAAAGGCUAAAGAGAAGACAUAGAGUUUGCUUAUUCUCCAUACACAAGUAGAAGACUGCGCAUCACAGCUUAACAAUUUGGAAUCCUCUACGGUCUAAGUGUCCAAGGUAAACUAUUUGUUUGAGCUAUCUGACAAAAUCAAUAGUAGCAUCUAUUUUUUCCAUGUGUACCAUGCAAAGCCUUGGUCACGAUAUUGUGUUCAAUACUUAGGCUCAGGUAAAAGAAGAGGUAGUGUGCAUACCCAAAAUUACAAUUAUUAAAAAUCCUUGGUGCUUCGAUACUGAAACUGAAACCAAAAAAUAGCUUUUGAGAAGAGUGACAAAUAUUACGUAUUUACAUGCACCUGCAUGAAUUUGACUGUUUUUAUAAAUGAUUCCGCAAUCCAGUUAUUUCUAACAGCAUGCAGAUGAUACACAACUGUGAAAGAGAAAAAUAAAUCCAAUAUGAAAAGACUAACUCAGAACUUCACCCCCAUCUAAGACAUUGUUCCUUGGUUACAACUGAACAAGAAGAGUUGUGAUUUAUUAACAUAUAUUGAAUGAUGAAGUAUUGAAGCAGUAUACAAGUACCAGUAUAAAACCAUGAAAAAAAUAAAUUAAUGCAACUGUUCAUCUCUACAUCUAUCUGUUUAUCGCUCUCUUUGUCCGUCUAGCCAUGCUUCUACUACAGUAAUGCUUCUGGAGCACAGAUUUACGCUGCAACCUAACCUGCACUCUGCAAUCCUGUUAGGAAUUUGUAAGUUGAGGCCAAAUUGAAUGGAUACUGUCAUAAUCAAGUUAGAUGUUUCAGCCAGAGUCUCCCUUUAAUUGUGCUUAAGUGGUGUUUACAUUUUGUGCUGUUUAAUGUGAAUUAUUCAAUUUAAAUUAUGUAUGUGCUUAAUGAUCUUAAGUUCACUCUGCUUCUUCAGAGAUAUCUCAUAUAGUUGCAGAGAUAAAGUCAAUGUUCUGUCUUGUUGAGAUAGAAGUAGAUUUUCUCAGCAAAAGCAAAAAAACAGCAACUAUUUUUCUUAAUAUUUUUGGAAACAGAAAUCCCCCUCUGUAAAAGGUUAGGUAAACUAUUGCUUCCUCUAACAUAUGCUGUUCAUGUUACCAAACGCAUUCUUAAAAUCAUGUGUAAGGUGGUUAAACUCUCACAGUUAAUGCGCUGGAUUAUCAUGCAGAUCCUCUUUGCUUAUCUUCUUGAUCCAUUGUGGGGUCUGCACUGUGGGACUAUAUAACCAUUGCGACAAUAUUUACAGCAGUUUAGAGAGCAGACCCUUGACUCUGUCAACAUUGCUCCUUAAUCUACUCAAUCUAUCUCAAUCCUAAUUGGUUAAAAUGGAGAACGGCACAGAGGGCAAGGACUUCUACAUCCCCUUGAACAACAGGACGGGGCUUGUGAGGAGUCCUUUCUAUUAUCCACAGUAUUAUUUGGCAGAUCCAUGGAUGUUCAAGCUGCUUGCCGUCUACAUGUUCUUCCUCAUCUGCACUGGCUUCCCCAUCAACUUCCUGACACUGAUGGUCACAGCUCAGAACAAGAAACUCAGGCAACCUCUCAACUUCAUCCUGGUCAACUUGGCUGUGGCUGGACUCAUCAUGGUCUGCUUCGGUUUCACCAUCACCUUCGUCACUGCUAUCUCCGGCUACUUCAUUUUUGGAACAAUGGGCUGUGCCAUUGAGGGAUUCAUGGCUACUCUUGGAGGUCAAGUGGCUCUCUGGUCAUUGGUGGUCCUGGCUGUUGAGAGAUACAUUGUUGUCUGCAAACCCAUGGGAAGCUUCAAGUUCUCUGGAACCCAUGCUGGAGUUGGAGUUGCUUUCACCUGGGUCAUGGCUAUGGCUUGCGCUGUCCCCCCACUGGUUGGAUGGUCCAGGUACAUCCCUGAGGGUCUGCAGUGCUCCUGUGGACCUGACUACUACACUAUGGCUCCAGGCUUCAACAAUGAAUCAUUUGUCAUGUACAUGUUCACCUGUCACUUCUGUUUGCCAGUUGGCACAAUCUUCUUUACCUAUGGAAGCCUUGUGCUGACAGUCAAAGCUGCUGCAGCUCAGCAGCAGGACUCAGAAUCCACCCAGAAAGCUGAGAGGGAGGUCACACGUAUGUGCAUCCUGAUGGUCUUGGGCUUCUUGGUGGCCUGGACACCAUAUGCUAGCUUUGCUGCAUGGAUCUUCUUCAACAAGGGUGCAGCUUUCUCUGCUGUAGCUAUGGCUAUCCCUGCCUUCUUCUCCAAGAGCUCAGCUCUGUUUAACCCUAUUAUCUAUGUGCUGUUUAACAAACAGUUCCGUAACUGCAUGCUAAGCAGUAUUGGCAUGGGUGGCAUGGUGGAGGAUGAGACCUCAGUUUCUACCAGCAAGACAGAAGUCUCCUCUGUAUCUUAAGGAUAGAAACUUCACACCUAAAGACAUCCUUCUUCCUGUUGUCUUCCGGAUUCUGUAUGGCUGUCUUCAAGUGAAAAUAACCAAAGGAAACAAGCUAAUGAUCUUUUCUGCAACAAAUGGACAUUUAAAUGGGAAUACAUGCUGAUGUCAGCUUUUACACUGCACAUUCUGAAAAACAACAGCAGAAAGAGAAUCUACAGAACAUCUCUGAAACAUAGCAGGAAGUGUUUUCUUAUAAUUGAUAUGGUGGUAUGUUUGGAUGUGUGGGUGGAUGCUUGUUGAAUGGUUGAAUA